CGUACAGAUACAGAUGAAAGAGGCGAUGGGUAAUGCGUGGGAAUUCUGUGUGUUUUUGGCAGUUUUGACGGCAACGGCAGUGGCCGGAUAUGAAACCAAUUGUUCUUUUCCGGCCAUCUUUAACUUCGGCGAUUCCAACACCGACACCGGAGGUUUCUGGGCAGCUUUUCCGGCUCAGCGUCCUCCCCACGGCAUGACUUACUUCAAGAAACCGGUGGGACGGUACACCGACGGCAGAGUCAUCGUUGAUUUUCUUGCACAAGGUUUAGGAUUGGCAUUCCUGAGUCCAUACUUGAAGUCAAUAGGAUCAGAUUACAGAAAUGGCGCCAACUUUGCAUCAAUGGCUUCCACUGUUAGGCGGCCGCAUGGUUCCCUGAUUGAUACUGGUAUCAGCCCUUUCUCCCUGGCAAUUCAGUUCAACCAAUUCAAGCAGUUUAAGGUUAUGGUUGAUGAACAAGAACAAGAACAAGAACAACAUCAUUCCUACAACCAUGGAAAUACAAAACUUCCUCCCAAAAACAUAUUUGGAAAAGCACUGUACACAUUCUACAUUGGCCAAAAUGACUUCAUUUUCGACUUGGCAUCACUGGGUAUAAGUGGAGUCAACCAGUCCUUACCCGAAGUGGUCGCUCAGAUCACUAAAACCAUCAAGGAUAUUUACUUGUUGGGUGGCCGAACAUUUUUCAUUCUGAAUCUUGCACCAAUCGGCUGCUAUCCAUCAUUUCUGGCCAAACUUUCUCACAACACUUCUGAUUUAGACCAGUUCGGGUGCCUGAAAUCGUACAACAAUGCAGUAGCGGACUACAACAACAUCCUUAAAGAUGCACUGAGACAGACAAGACAAGAUAUUAAGGAUGCAAAUGUGGUUUAUGUGGACACUCAUAGUAUCAUCUUGGAGCUCUUCCAGCACCCCACAUCCCAUGGAUUGAAGUAUGGGACAAAAGUGUGCUGUGGGUAUGGAGGAGGGGACUAUAACUUCAAGAAGGAAUUGUUCUGUGGAGACACGAAUGUUCUGAACGGACAGACAGUCACCGCAGAAGCUUGUGAGGAUCCAUACAACUAUGUGAGCUGGGAUGGAUUUCAUCUUACAGAUGCAGCAAACAAAGUCACUGUACAGGCCAUUUUCAGUGGCUCUUAUUUUGAUCCUCCAUUUCCACUCCACAACUUCUGUGAUAUCAAUCCUAUAGGCUAACUAUCUAGCUAAAAACAAUCUUUGUUUGACAACAAUUGAUCGAUCAAACUCUUGAUCGAGGAAAACAUCGUAUCGUAUAGUACAAUUUACCAGAAUGUUGUGUUGA